AGAGAAUUUUGGAUCAUCACGUUCACUUGUAUAUAAAAACAAACCUUUCUCCACUUGUUUCUUAGUAGACUCAGCAGCCCCUUCUCUCUUCUUCAACAUACUUUUCUUCUCCUUUGUUGUUUUUCUCGUUCAAUAUGAUGAAGAAGAUGAGUUCUUUUUAUAAUUCAGUUCUACCAAUACUGCUAGUAGUACUGGUUCAAUUUAUAUAUUACCCGGUUACAGUCUCUGCCGAGUGUACGUGUGAACCAGAAGAUGAAGAAGGUGUUAACAAAAACCAAGCACUUGUCCUCAAAAUCAUAUCUAUUGCUGUCAUUCUUACUGCAAGUGCAAUCGGAGUAUGUCUUCCUAUACUAGGCCGAAGAAUUCCAGCUUUACAUCCAGACAGUAACAUCUUCUUCGUUAUUAAAUCGUUUGCUGCUGGUGUCAUUUUAGCUACGGGUUUCAUUCAUAUACUACCCGAUGCUUUUGACGAUUUGACUUCUCCUUGUUUGAAAGAGAACCCAUGGGGAAAUUUUCCGUUUACGGGUUUCGUUGCCAUGAUGUCUGCUAUAUUGACAUUAAUGGCUGAUUCGUUAGCAACUGGUUACUAUAGGAGAUCAGAGUUGAAGAAAAAAUUCAGUCACAAUGGUCGAGAUGAAACAAAAGUUGGUGUUACUGUUGGAGAUGAUGAAAAUGAAGCAGGAGAUAAACUAGAGGUUCAUACGCACGCAACACAUGGUCAUUCACAUGGAUCAUCCCUAUCGUCUUCCGCGGAUAUGCUUCUGCGCCACAAAGUCAUAACUCAGGUAUUGGAGUUGGGAAUAUUGGUGCACUCUGUGAUAAUAGGUGUAGCAGUGGGUGUCUCUCAGAGUCCUUCCACGAUCAGGCCUCUGCUCGGAGCGUUAACUUUCCAUCAGUUUUUCGAAGGUAUUGGACUUGGCGGAUGCAUAACACAAGCCAAAUUCAAUGCCAAAUACGUUGUUUGGAUGUGUGCAUUCUUCGCGCUAACCACACCAGGAGGCAUCGCAAUUGGAAUAGGAAUCACAAAUGUUUAUAGCGAAACUAGUCCCACGGCUCUGAUCGUCCAAGGGGUUAUGAAUGCUGCUGCAGCUGGAAUUUUAAUUUACAUGUCAUUGGUUGAUCUUUUGGCAGCCAUCUUCAUGGACCCAAAACUUCAAGAAAAUGGAAUGCUCCAACUCUCAUCAUAUGUUGCACUUCUUUUAGGGGCUGGUGCUAUGUCUGUCAUUGCCAAAUGGGCCUAAUUAAUCAAGAAGAAUGCAUUGUUAAUCAUGAAUUCUAUCCAUAGUUGCUUAGAAUUAAGUAUAUAGAUUAAAUAUUAACAGAUGUAUAGAGGGUAAUAGAUCAUCAACUGCAGAUUGGAUCAUAAAACUUUUUUUUUUUUUUUUAUGGUUUAAGAAUUUUUGUGAUAUUUCUUGUUA